AUGUUUUUAUUCCCAAAGUCAUCCGAAGAAAGGUCCAUCUACCAACUGCACUUCACAUGUUGGCCAGACAAAGGCAUUCCUGAUGAUUUCACAGCAAUCAUUGAGUUCAGACAAAGAGUACUGAAUACCCCUACAACGUAUAAAGGACCUACUGUGGUCCACUGCAGUGCUGGUGUCGGACGAACUGGUACGUACAUUGCUCUGGACAUUCUGACGAAGGAGGGUGAAACUGAAGGGGCGGUUGAUAUCCCUGGAUGUGUGGUCAACAUGCGACAGAACAGGCCGAAUAUGAUACAGACUUGGGAGCAAUAUCAGUAUCUCCACAAGGCUGUUGUGUAUUCCCUGACUUGCAACUGCACACCGAUCAAGGCAGAACAAUUUCAACAGUACAUGAAGACAACAAGAAGAGGUGACUUAAACAGACAAUUUCAGCAACUUCAACACACCGUUGAACAGCGAUCGAAACAGGAAGCAAACGCAGUCGAAAGAAACAAACAGCACUUGGCUAAAAAUCGAGCCAAUGCAGACGUACCGGGUGAUGAUAACCGACCGCGACUCUACCUUGGGUUGACAAGUGGAUCCUCUGAUUAUAUCAAUGCUGUGUAUAUACAUAGUUUCAAAGAAAAACGUCGAUUUCUGGUUGCACAGACCCCUUUGCCAGAGACCGUUAAUGAUUUUCUGACAUUGAAUGUUGGAAUAUACUACCCGGCGGAAAACAUGCAGGCGUUGCAAAAGGGGUCAUUUGAAGUCAGCUCUUCACGUGAAUCAAGGGAACGCCACUAUGCAAUGAGAAACCUUAAGAUACGACAUAAGAAAGCGACAUGGCGCCUUUCUGAGAAGACACCGUCCCAUAUGCAGUUCACCGAGUGGGAUGAAAUGAAGAAUGUACCUCUUUCUAUCAAAAACUUUCUCACCUUCCUGAAUGACGUGGAGAAAACAGCAAACAAACAGAAAGAUGGACCGAUACUUCUUCAUUGUUUUGUUGGAGCGGGCAGAACGGGUCUGUUCUGUGUGGUUUCAAUGCUGCUGCAGAAAAUGGCCAUAGAACACGAAGUUAGUGUUCUCAACGCUGUUAGAAAGUCAAGGCCAUGCGACGACUGGCGAUUCCGAAUUUGGUAG